GGGGGCUGGGGGAGGGGCGUCAAGAUGGCGGCGGGGAGCUAGGCAGAGCCGGACGCCGCUGCUGCCGCCGUCACCGCCGCCGCCGCCUCCGCUCCAGUCGCCUUUGGUCCUUCAAGCUCUCACCGCCCGGGAGAAGCUGUGCUGGCGUCGGGUCCCGCAGGGAAAAUGGUGGAACCAGGGCAAGAUUUACUGCUUGCUGCUUUGAGUGAGAGUGGAAUUAGUCCGAAUGACCUCUUUGAUAUCGAUGGUGGCGAUACGGGGCUUGCAACUCCAACACCUACCCCUCCAGUUCAGCAGUCAGUGCCACUUAGUGCAUUAGAACUAGGUUUGGAGACCGAAGCAACAGUUCCUGUUAAACAAGAACCAGAGACGGUACCUACUCCAGCACUACUAAAUGUGAGGCAGCAGCCUCCGUCUACUACAACAUUUGUGCUGAAUCAAAUAAACCAGCUUCCAACCUUGGGAUCUACAAUUGUAAUGACUAAAACACCACCUGUAACAACCAACAGGCAAACUAUCACUUUAACUAAGUUUAUCCAGACUACUGCAAACACACGCCCUUCAGUCUCAGCACCAGCAGUACGAAAUGCUGUGACCUCUGCGCCUUCAAAAGACCAGGUUCAGCUGAAGGAUCUACUCAAAAAUAAUAGUCUUAAUGAACUCAUGAAACUGAAGCCACCUGCCAAUAUUGCUCAGCCAGUUGCCACAGCAGCUACUGAUGUAAGCAAUGGUACAGUAAAGAAAGAGUCUUCUAAUAAAGAAGUAGCAAGAAUAUGGAUAAAUGAUAUGAAAAUGAGGAGUUUUUCCCCAACCAUGAAGGUCCCUGUUGUAAAAGAGGAAGAUGAGCCAGAGGAAGAAGAUGAAGAAGAAAUGGGUCAUGCAGAAACCUAUGCAGAGUAUAUGCCAAUAAAAUUAAAAAUUGGCUUACGUCACCCAGAUGCUGUAGUGGAAACUAGCUCUUUAUCCAGUGUUACUCCUCCUGAUGUUUGGUACAAAACAUCCAUUUCUGAAGAAACCAUUGAUAAUGGCUGGUUAUCAGCAUUGCAGCUUGAGGCAAUUACAUAUGCAGCCCAGCAACAUGAAACUUUCCUCCCUAAUGGAGAUCGCGCUGGCUUCUUAAUAGGUGAUGGUGCUGGUGUAGGAAAAGGAAGGACGAUAGCAGGAAUCAUCUAUGAAAAUUAUUUGUUAAGUAGAAAGAGAGCAUUGUGGUUUAGUGUUUCAAAUGACUUAAAGUAUGAUGCUGAAAGAGAUUUGAGGGAUAUUGGAGCAAAAAACAUUUUGGUUCAUUCAUUAAAUAAGUUUAAAUAUGGAAAAAUUUCUUCUAAACAUAACGGGAGUGUGAAAAAGGGCGUUAUUUUUGCUACCUAUUCUUCCCUUAUUGGUGAGAGCCAGUCUGGCGGUAAAUAUAAAACAAGGUUGAAACAGCUUCUACAUUGGUGCGGUGAUGACUUUGAUGGAGUGAUAGUGUUUGAUGAAUGUCAUAAAGCAAAAAACUUAUGUCCUGUUGGUUCCUCAAAGCCAACCAAGACAGGUUUAGCAGUUCUAGAACUUCAGAACAAAUUGCCAAAAGCCAGAGUUGUUUAUGCUAGUGCCACUGGUGCUUCUGAACCACGCAACAUGGCCUAUAUGAACCGUCUUGGAAUAUGGGGUGAGGGGACUCCAUUUAGAGAAUUCAGCGAUUUUAUUCAAGCAGUAGAACGGAGAGGUGUUGGUGCCAUGGAAAUAGUUGCUAUGGAUAUGAAGCUUAGAGGAAUGUACAUUGCACGACAGCUGAGCUUUACUGGAGUGACCUUUAAAAUUGAGGAAGUUCUUCUUUCUCAGAGUUAUGUUAAAAUGUAUAACAAAGCAGUCAAACUGUGGGUUAUUGCUAGAGAGCGAUUUCAGCAAGCUGCAGAUCUGAUUGAUGCUGAGCAACGAAUGAAGAAGUCCAUGUGGGGUCAGUUCUGGUCUGCUCACCAGAGGUUUUUCAAAUACUUAUGCAUAGCAUCGAAAGUUAAAAGGGUUGUGCAGCUAGCUCGAGAAGAAAUCAAGAAUGGAAAAUGUGUUGUAAUUGGUCUGCAAUCUACAGGAGAAGCUAGAACUUUAGAAGCUUUGGAAGAGGGCGGGGGAGAAUUGAACGAUUUUGUUUCAACUGCCAAAGGAGUGUUACAGUCACUCAUUGAAAAACACUUCCCUGCUCCAGACAGGAAAAAACUUUAUAGUUUGCUGGGAAUCGAUUUGACAGCUCCCAGUAACAACAGUUCACCAAGAAAUAGUCCUUGUAAAGAAAAUAAAAUAAAGAAGCGGAAAGGUGAAGAAAUAACUCGAGAAGCCAAAAAAUCACGGAAAGUAGGUGGCCUUACUGGUGGCAGUUCUGAUGACAGUGGAAGUGAAUCUGAUGCCUCUGAUAAUGAAGAAAGUGACUACGAGAGCUCUAAAAACAUGAGUUCUGGAGACGAUGACGAUUUCAACCCAUUUAGAGAUGAAUCUAGUGAGGAUGAUGAAGAUGAUCCCUGGUUAAUCAGAAAAGACCACAAGAAAAACAAAGAUAAAAAAAAGAAGAAAAGUAUAGAUCCAGAUUCUAUUCAAAGUGCCUUAUUAGCAUCAGGUCUUGGAUCAAAACGACCUAGUUUUUCGUCUACACCAGUUAUAUCACCUGCUCCUAACAAUGCACCAGCUAACAGUAACACCAAUAGUAACAGUAGCCUUAUGACGAGUCAGGAUGCUGUGGAAAGGGCCCAGCAGAUGAAGAAAGACCUACUUGAUAAGCUAGAAAAAUUAGCUGAAGACCUCCCUCCUAAUACCCUGGAUGAACUUAUUGAUGAACUUGGUGGCCCUGAGAAUGUUGCUGAGAUGACUGGCCGCAAGGGGCGUGUUGUUAGCAAUGAUGAUGGAAGCAUAUCUUACGAGUCAAGAUCUGAACUUGAUGUGCCUGUGGAAAUCCUAAACAUCACAGAAAAACAAAGAUUUAUGGAUGGAGAUAAGAAUAUUGCUAUCAUCUCAGAAGCUGCCAGCUCUGGUAUUUCAUUACAAGCAGAUCGGAGAGCUAAAAAUCAAAGGCGAAGAGUUCAUAUGACUUUGGAAUUACCCUGGAGUGCCGAUAGAGCAAUUCAGCAGUUUGGACGAACUCAUCGAUCAAACCAAGUUACUGCUCCCGAGUAUGUCUUUCUGAUUUCUGAAUUGGCAGGAGAGCAAAGAUUUGCAUCUAUUGUUGCUAAAAGACUUGAGAGUUUGGGGGCGCUUACACAUGGUGACAGAAGAGCAACAGAAUCUAGAGAUCUGAGCAGAUUCAACUUUGACAAUAAGUAUGGAAGAAAUGCUUUAGAAAUCGUCAUGAAAUCCAUUGUGAACUUGGAUUCUCCUAUGGUAUCACCACCUCCAGACUAUCCUGGAGAGUUCUUUAAAGAUGUUCGACAAGGACUGAUAGGAGUUGGCCUGAUAAAUGUAGAAGAUCGCUCAGGAAUUCUUACUCUUGAUAAAGAUUAUAACAACAUAGGCAAGUUCUUAAAUAGAAUUUUAGGCAUGGAGGUACAUCAACAGAAUGCAUUAUUUCAGUAUUUUGCGGACACACUUACUGCAGUUGUUCAAAAUGCAAAAAAGAAUGGAAGAUACGAUAUGGGAAUCUUAGAUCUUGGUUCUGGAGAUGAGAAGGUGAGGAAAAGUGAUGUUAAGAAGUUUCUGACUCCAGGAUAUUCAACUUCUGGCCAUGUAGAAUUAUACACGAUUAGUGUAGAGAGGGGAAUGUCAUGGGAGGAAGCUACCAAGAUUUGGGCUGAGCUGACAGGACCAGACGAUGGCUUUUACUUAUCAUUGCAAAUAAGGAACAGCAAGAAAACUGCCAUCUUAGUUAAAGAAGUGAAUCCUAAAAAGAAACUCUUUUUAGUUUAUCGACCAAAUACUGGGAAACAGCUCAAAUUAGAGAUUUACACUGAUCUAAAAAAGAAAUACAAGAAGGUUGUCUCAGAUGAUGCCUUGGUGCACUGGUUAGAUCAGUAUAAUUCAUCUGCAGAUACCUGUACUCAUGCUUACUGGCGUGGCAAUUGCAAAAAAGCAAGCUUGGGAUUAGUUUGUGAAAUAGGUCUUCGUUGCCGCACGUAUUACGUAUUGUGUGGUUCAGUGCUGAGUGUCUGGACAAAAGUUGAGGGUGUUCUAGCAUCUGUCAGUGGCACAAAUGUGAAAAUGCAAAUAGUUCGGCUAAGAACGGAAGAUGGACAACGGAUUGUAGGUUUGAUCAUUCCGGCAAAUUGUGUGUCUCCUCUUGUAAAUCUCCUAUCAACUUCAGACCAGUCUCAACAGCUUGCGGUCCAGCAGAAACAGCUGUGGCAACAGCAUCAUCCACAGAGCAUCACCAACUUGAGCAACGCGUAAAGAGCAGACAGGUUUCAACAUGGAUGUAUCUGAAAUGCUGUUGAAGCAUAUCAUUUGCAUAAAAAUCAGGGACAGUUUCCAAAGAAUUAUAUAUUUUUUUCAGUUGUGCUCUCUCUAGUUAAUUUUUUUGGGAGUAAGGACAAACCUGGAAUAGAUAGCAAAACUGAAAAUCAGCAGUGCCGAUGGUAGUGCAUAUGUCUUUCCUUUUGCUUUUCCCUUGGUACUUCCCAUGUGCUUUUACUUUGGGUGAGCAGAGGGGGAUGUGUGUGUGCGCGUGUGUGUCUGUCUGUGAGUUUGUUAAAGGCUACAAACCACAGUUGGUUUAAAAUGCUUGGAACUUCCCAAACUGGCUUUACUUUUAUGUUAUACAGUGCUCAGGGUUAACACAGUACAUCCAUGUCAUUGCUGUGGGAGUUCUCCCUGGAUGCAUGUGUUUUGAGUCCAUAAAUAUAGAAAAUAUAUAUUGGUUUCUUUUUCCAACUUAAACAAUAGGUUUCUUGAAGCAUGAAAUGAAAGGUUGCAUAUCAUGCAUUCAGGUUCUUUUCUAGUUUUUGUUCUGACAGUGCAUGUCUUUGAAAGCAUGCGUAAACAGAUUAACACAGAAGUCAAGUAAUGGAGGGAAACAUUUGUAGAUGUACAGCAUUGGUUAUUGCAUUUUUAUAGUGUUUAUACCUGGGUAUUGCUUCCAGCCCUGUGAACUCCUCCCUGAUUCUCCUCCCUGCCCCAGGUUUCUCAUAAGGUAAUGAGUACAUACAUUUUUUGUGAUUAAAAUAUCUUAAAAGUUAAUUUUAAUGUAUUAAUAAUAUUCCUAAUGUGUGCUGCAAAAAUGGCUAUAAGCCUCUUAAAGUUACAUUUUCAACUUAAAGAUAGUUUUAGAAAGAAAUACAAAUUGGCUUUCAUCUCGCAAACAAUCUUUUUUUACUUCAUUUUCUUAAUUUGCUUUGUUAUUCAUAAAAAGGAAACCAUACUUGAGUUGUAAACUAGACAAUGAGGAAACACUUGAGGCUUCUGCUGUAUGUUUUUUGUUAACGUUGUUAUUGUUGUUACCUAGUAACUUGAAUAUUGUUUAAUGUGUUGUAAGACAUUGUAGAGUUUAUCUCAAGCUGUUUAAAAUGGUAAUGUACAAAUGUGAAUAGACACUUAUCUAUACUAUGGGUAAGUUUUGUUUCGCCUAUAAUAGAUGUUUAUAAAAACAAGUGAGGGGACAGUUGGUCUUUUUGUUUCCUUUUUUUCUUUCUUUUUUUUUCUUUUCCUUUUUUUUUUUUUUUUUUUUUUUUUUGCUUGCACAGGUUGCACUAUUGAAAAAUUGAGAUUGUAUAAACCUGGUCAAAAGCUGCAAGAUACCAACAUCUUGUAGAUGUCAAAUAAAAAGUUAUUAUACUAA